UUUGCAGACGAUCGAACCGCCAUACUGGAUUUCACUUAAAUGACCCCGCGCCAUAUUGGAGUGGGGCCAAAAGAUUAAAAUAAUUAAGGUUAUUGAGUUAUGAUAUCCUUAAUAUGAAAUUGUAAAUCAAUGUACAUACUUAGUUUUCAGUUUUUCUUGAGCUUUCAAUAUCAUAGGAACUAUGUUCACUUGCUAUCAAUGAGCUUGCUUUUCUUGUUCUUGUUUUCAGCUAUGAGCAAAGUCUCAUUUCGAGCUCGACAAAUAGAUUUUAACAAACCCUUACCUAUUCUGAAGCAUGGUUCUGAAUUAUUCCUUGAAAUCAGUGAAAAUGCACUGGUCAAUCGUGGCGUUCCACAGAUUCCCAGCGGGAUGGAGAAAGAGGAGGAAAAUGUAAUAAAAUUUAGGCUUUUAUGUAGUAAUACGAUGUAUGUUAUUGUCCUUGUGUCUCUAAUUUUCCAUUGCUUACUUGAUUAUUAGGAGAAAUGGUUCGUGAACUAAUGUCGUUUUUUAACUUUCCCCACCAGGAACAUCACUUUCUGGAGGUUAUUCAGGCCCUGCAACUCCGUACAGACUCAGAUGUUAAAAUACCUGUCCCCGAGAUAAUUGACAAAGAGAAUGAUUAUAAGAGGGUUUACCCAGACAGCUUUAGUCUACCAAAACAGCUCUUACAUAUCAGAACAAUCGUGUUCUCCGAAGAGGAACCAAUUGAAUAUGAUAUGGAUAGUGAAGAUGAAGAGUGGUUCCAAAAAAGUGAUCUGGGUAUUACUCCUGAGAAAUUUGAGUCUAUGAUCGACCGGCUUGAGCGUGGUUGUGGUCAAAAGGUAAUGAAUUUGGAAGAAGCUAAGUACCUUCUUCAAGACCACCCAUCCCUAGUUAUCGCUGUGUAUGAUUAUUGGCUUAAUAAGCGUGUUCAGUCAAGACAACCUCUUCUUUACGCUGUUCGACAAGAGCGACGUGAUGGUGGUAGUAACACGGAUCCAUAUGUGGCGUUCCGAAGACGGAGUGAAAAGAUGCAAACCCGUAAGAACCGAAAAAGUGAUGAGCAGUCGUACGAAAGGAUGUUGAUCUUGAGAGAACAAAUGGAUUCUCUAGGGGAGAUACUCGGUCGACUUGUCAAACGUGAAGCUACAAAGGAAGCAAUUGUUAACUGUGAUUACAGAUGCUUUCAGCUUAGAUGCAAGCUGUGCGACUGGGAAGGCUCAAGUCUCGUAGAAGCCGAAACUUUAGUGCGGAACCAUCACGAGGAUGAAGGUGUAGUAACUAUGAAGUCUUUGAAAGACAACAAAAGACGUCCUAAUCGCAAGCGCAAACUGGUCAAGAGGUUCAGCAAUCUCCCAAACCCCACAAGUUCCGACGAGGCUUCUGACAAUGAUGAUGAUGAUGAUCAAAGUGGACCAUUCUCUUUUGUUAGAACUCCUGGUUGCCGAUAUUUGAAGCCAAGGUCAUUGCUAGAAGAGUGUUCCACACUUCCCAGUCUCCAUCCUUCCCGCUCACCUUAUUCCUGCUAUACAUUAGCAACAAUUCCACGACUGUGUCAUACAAAGCAUCUUACCUACACCGGCUAUAUAAGGCGUCGCCUUGGUCGUGGCGGUCGAAUAAUAUGUGAUCGCGUUGCAGCCCCCACGCCACUUUCUGCUUAUCUCCAGUCCUAUGAUGCGAAUUUGAGAUCUAGUGGUUCAGCUAAUCCAAGUCUUAUACCCUCAAACGUUUGCUGGCGACAGUCACAAACAAAAGAUGUUGCUUUGUUUAAUAGACUAAAGACUUCUAUUUUCAGUUCGCAUCGUGGGCGUCCUUCAUUCUCCUGGCCUGUUUCUGAAACUAUCUUCCCACCAAUACCCUUCGAACCUAUACUUAUUGAAUCUAAAGGUCCCACGGAUCAUCGUUCCUCUCCCAUUUUCUACUCGAAGACGGAUUGUCCAACAACUUCGAGGAAGCAUCCAGAUGGUGUGACCAUAGAUGAAGUUGCUCUGGAUGCGGGACGUGAGUUAAAUGAUGUUCCGAAUGAUGGUUUGUUGAUUCAGGAAAAACAUUCUCCCUUGCACCCUCAGAACGAUCUAAUGCCAAAGAAAUCAGUUAAUGUAUCGUCCGCGGUUAUGGUGAGCCUUUUUUAUUUGUACUCAUUUUUGGCUUUUUGAAGGUUUUAUCUUUCUGAUUUUGAGAAGUAUUGCCAUAUGGCGUUUACUCAGUAUAAUUUUAGUCAGUCAUACGAUGUAACUACUUUGACGAUUAUUCAUUUGUUUUAUCUAAAUUAUCAGAUAUUGUGACAAAUUAUGAUCUAAGUUAUUAAUUGGUUUUACAUUGAUGAUGGUUAAGACCUUAACAAUUUCUUUGGGCUUGCUUCAUACAUAUAUAGAUUCCCAUCACGAAUCCAAAUAUGUGUCAAGCUUCCCAGGCCAUAUUGGUGCCGAAGCCUAGCAAUAGUUUGGUAUCAACUCAUCGCCUGUGGCGAAAGCUGGCAAGGCCAUACGGUGUUACACUUCAGCCUUCUGAGUUUCCCAGGUCCCAUAGUGUUGAUGUUUCUUUCAGUAAUUCUAAUGGUAACGGCCUUUCUUCGACGGACAAUAAAAUGUUGCUGACGGAUCCUUCAGUCUUGCCACCACCUAAAGUACGCUGUUUAACUCGUGACUGUGGGUCUAGGGAUUCAAAAGUUCCUGGUCCUCAGCUGCAUGUUACGAAUGGAGUAAGCCCAACACAGAUUUUUCAGCUUCCAACUUAAUCUUUCGAACUUUGCAAUAUGGAAGUUGUCUUUUUUAUAGUUCAUUGUUAGCAUUUAACUAAACUCUUCUCAAGUAUUACCUCAUUAUACCUUUUGUGAACAGUUUAUUUGCAAUCCCAGUGGUAUGAUCUUGUAGCUUUUGUAAAGCUUAUUAUUAUUGCGCUUUUGCGCUUCAGUUGUACAUAGGGGCCUUCACGGCCACCCCCUUUCAUUUUCCCUGUACACUUUCCCCUUCGCUCCAACGAGCUUGUACAUUUUAUUGGCGCAUAGCGUCGUAUGUCAAUUGAAUCAAUGCAUAAUCUGAAUGAAUUGUUUUCUUUUUUUAUGUAGUUGUGAUAAAUUUGUUUGUACCUUGGUA